UCUGGCAACCACAGUUCACGAGAGUGCCAAGAUGGUGGUCCGCGUCAACUCGGCACUUUCUCUGGUGUUUUUCCUGCUCAUCCUGUUUCCUCCGCACGAUGCGAGAAAUCACCGGCUGUCCCUUAAGGGAGAGCAGCGGCGGUACUUCAGCGUCACGACAUUUGGCUUCUUCGUCGGCGGGAGCCUAAACGUCGAGGUGGAGAAGCUGUCCUUCUCGCCCAGCUCCAACAAGGUUGGCUUCAGCCUGACGAGGACGCCGACGGACAGCGUGAACCCUUAUCCCGAUGGCCGAAUAGACGGGUGUCCUCUGGACGAAGUCAAGGAGGACAUGUACGUCUUGACUCUGACGCUGGAGACGACGGGAGGCAGCGAGCGGCUGAAGGUGAGGUGCAACCGCAACUUCAGCGACCUGAUGGUGAGGCACCAGGAGAACUGGAAGCCCCAGCCCCGCUCCAUCAGGCAGACCAACGUGGGACAGCUGUACCGGGCACGCAGGGACACCCAGCAGGCACAAGGCGCAGACGCCGCAACACGAGACGGCAGCAAAGACUUCGUGCCGCAGGCCGACGUGGUGCAUCAAGCCGACGCCUCAAGCACGGUGCAGAAAGCUGCAGCGACGGCCGAAACCGCAACCCAGGUCCCACCAAAGAAGCAGUCCUCGGGCCGGUGCGACAACGUCUCGCUCCCACUUCGCAGGGACAUUGUGGACGGUGUGACGGUGUACAGCUUUCAGUUCGAGGUCAACGUGGACAAGGAGGCCUACGAGGGACUCUAUAGCCUCUACUUCCACAACUGCUACCCGAGUCCUGUGGGCUUCACCAACAGCUCGGCCAACCUUUCGGUGGUGAUCUCUGAGAGGAACGAGGGCAGCUACCUGUCGGCGGGAGAAAUCCCGCUGCCCCAGGUCUACUUCCUCAUGUCGGUCGUCUUCUUCGUGGUCGGCUGCUACUGGAUAUACGUGCUGCGCCAGAGGAGGCAAGAGGCCUACAAGAUCCACUUCUUGAUGGGCCUGCUUGUCUUCGUCAAGUCGUGUUCCCUCUUGCUUCACGGGAUCAACUACCACUUCAUCUCGAAGGACGGCUCCCCCAUCGAAGCGUGGGCCGUGCUCUUCUACAUCACGCAUCUGCUGAAGGGAGCCCUGCUGUUCAUCACGAUCGUCCUGAUUGGAACGGGCUGGGCCUUCAUCAAGCACAUCCUGAGUGACAAGGACAAGAAGAUCUUUAUGAUCGUCAUCCCGCUCCAGCUGCUGGCCAACGUGGCCCAGAUCAUCAUGGAGGAGAGUGAGGAAGGGGAAUCCCAGCACACCACCUGGAGGGAGGUCUUCAUCCUGGUGGACCUGCUCUGCUGCGGGGCCAUCCUCUUCCCCGUCGUCUGGUCCAUCCGACACCUGCAGGAGGCCUCCCAGACAGACGGAAAGGCGGCCAUCAACCUGGAGAAGCUCAAGCUCUUCAGGCACUUCUAUGUCAUGUGGGAUCUGGUGUGCAGCAACGACUGGCAGCGCUCCUUGAUGCAGAGCGUCGUCUUCCUCGGCUCCCUCGUGGGAGCACUAAUCAUAGGAAGGCUAUCGGACAGGUUCGGGCGACGCUUCAUGUUCUUCACGGCGACCUUCGUGUACAUCGGGUUCGGCUGCGCGGCGGCAGCGUCUCCUUCAGCAUCCUGGUACAACAGCCUGCGGUUCUUCGCGUCCGUCUGCAUCGCCGGCAUUCAGACGACCGCCGCAGCUCUAUUCACGGAGAUUGUGGAGCCUCGACACCGUAUGCUGCUCAACGUGGGUUUCUCGCUGGGCUUCACGCUGCCGACGCUUCUGCUGCCCGGAGUCGCCUACCUGCUGCACAACUGGAAAUUACUCCAACUCGUCGCGGGACUCAGCGGGUUCAUCCUUGUGCCCUUCAUUUUCGUCGUCCAGGAGUCUCCGCGAUGGUUGGUCGCCACCCGGCGAGAAAAGCAGGCUCAGAAGGCCAUCGAGAAAAUUCUUCGCUUCAACGGGAGACCCGUCCCGGACAUGAGGUCUACCAUGAGCAUGCUGGCAGAGAAGUCAGAAAAGGACGUCCAGCUGACUUCCCAUGGUCCUGCAGAGAUCCUGAGACACAAGAGGCUCCUCAGGAAUGCCAUAUGUUUGUUCAUUAUUUGGUUCUGCGACAACUUCUUCAUGUAUGCGACCACCUUGUCGUCGGUGGACCUGGGAGGCAGCGCCUUCGUGAACUUCGCCCUGUCGGCCGCUGCCGAGAUCCCUGCUGGACUGCUCAGUUUUCCAGUGGUGCGCUAUUGCCGACGCAAGAGGGCGCAAGCAGCAAUGCUCCUCCUGGCCGGCAUCGCUGCCAUCCUGACUUCUGUGUUGCCUUUGGACCGCCUGUGGAUGCGCCUCGGCUUGAACAUGACGUGUCGGUUCAUCCUGGUGAUCUCAGCGGCCGUCAAGUGGGUCUACAGCAUGGAAGUGUUUCCCACAGCCGUCAGAGGAUUCGGCUUCUCUGCCUGCUUCACCGUGGGGCGCAUCGGAGGCAUGCUGGCACCCUUCACGAGGGACUUGGGCAUACACACGCACUUCAGCGUUCCAACGCUGGUCAUGGGAGCUGCUGGAGUGACCGGAGCAACUGCCGCCUGUUUCCUUCCGGAGACGCUCGGAGCAGACCUGCCAGAUACGUUCGAAGAGGCCGACAAGCUCGGCUCCAAGAUGCACGAAAUCGAGCUCCAAGAAAGCACCAAAUGAUUGUGUGGCGUCGUGAGGUAAAUAAAGACAACUUUAAAUACUGUGGUUGGUCGGGACCACGGCGAAGAGGAAGACGGGGACUACGCAGGGCAGAGAUUGACGACGAACUCGAAAACAAAGGACGGUUACGGAACGAGAAAGGGCAAUACGCUGCCUUCAGAUCAUCACUGCGAGAUAGUAAACCUCUUGUAUAUUA